UCUGAAGGUUUGAUGGUCGGCUGAAGAAGAUGCUUAUAUUUUUGUGCCACGUAGUGUGAUUCUCACUCGACAUUUCAACAAAAUAAAUAAUCCAGAGAGCGCGUUAAAUCUUUAUAAACUGUCCAAAAUCCGUCUGAAAAAUUAAUAGUGAAUUUAGCGCGGGGGGGGGGUGGGGGUGGGGUACGGGAGAAAUGAGUGUUGAAUGGUGAAGGGUGUUUUGACGGUGAGGAAGGACACCCCGAAAUUAUUGAAACUGUCGAAAGAGAAAGACCUCCAAUGGAUUAUUGAAUUUCAAAAGUCAAAAUUAAUUGAGAAUGGGGGGAGUAAGUUGAGUGAAUGUGGAAUGAAAAAAUAGUGAAGAUUUGGGGAGACGGUGCAUAUUGAGUGACGGCAACGUGGGAGGGGCGACGCGUACACCCGGGGGAGCUUUUCGUUGGGGUAUUGGGGCGAAGAGGGGCAUUGAAACGAGAAACGAGUGUACGUGUGAACGCAGAGGGAAAAAGAAGUGUCAAUUUUAAAACCCUCAUUGUUUGAUAGUUGGUGGUGAGGACUUUUGCAUCCAUCAUCAUCACCAUCAUCAUCAUUGUCGAAUGAUUUUUUACAUUUUCUGGGUAAUUGGUGAGGGCUCAGGGUGUUUGGUGAGGGGAUUAUAUGGAUUUUUGCAUGCCUCCAUACCGGCGAAAAAAUAGCCUGUCAAUACUUGAGAUAAACCAAAGUUCAUGGUAAUGGGUCACGGUUAGGGAUCAGUGAUAACGGAGUAACAAUCAAAUGUUAUUUAAUAGGCGAGUAGUAAACUCGAUUAAUUAAGGAGAACUGAAUAGUAUUGCUGAGGCUGAUGUGGCCUAAUAGAGCUAGAGCUAGAGGGUAUUAUUUGACGAAGGUAUUAUUUGGCGAUACAUAAAGUUGAGUGCGGGAUAGUUUACAGUUGAUAAUAUAAGACAAUAGUGAGAUUGUUGGUACGUAGAGUUAGAUAACGUGUUGAGGAGAAUAAAAGAGAGGCGAUGCGUCAGUUGGCGAAGUGGACGUUAUGCCUUGGCAUAUUUUUUUUCAUCACCAUUCGAAUCAGUCGUCAACAGGAGGAGGACAUACCGCACAAUGAGGUGAGAAAUUGGGCGCUCAAGUUUGGAGUGGAUUUGUGGGAGUUUGGAAAACAGGCGACGAAACUAGCGGAGAUUCAGCGAAAAUAUCAUAACGAUGGAGAAACUACUGUAAACAAGAAGGAUGGACUCGUACUGGUGAGGGAAAUGGCUGCUGAGGUGAAGAACAUGUUGGACUUCAAGAUGAACGCAGUUAUGAGGCUGAUGGAAAGUGCGGAGCAAGCUGCUGUCUCCUCCUCGAGGGAGGCGAACGCUUCACCGAGGUAUUACAGCUCGCACGACAUCAACAGAUUCACUAGUGAUGGAAAGAGUACACCCCAUCCUCGCGAGGUCCUGCUCUCGGUUCAUCGACACUUUGACAAUUUGCCAGUUAAUCUGAGCAUGUCAGGUGUACUUCUACCUCCGGGGAUAAAGGAUUCUGAUAGCGAAGUUGCUGUCGGGCUUCAGUGGAGUGACCAUCUGGAUCCCCUUUUCGUUAAUAACUACGAGAGUGAUCCGACUCUCUCCUGGCAAUACUUUGGAGCAACCGCUGGAUUUUUAAGACGUUUUCCAGCUAUCGCCUGGCCUCCGAGAAAGUUCUCGAAUGAUCCAGAAGACAUGCCAGACGUGUCUGAUUUUCGCACGAUGAACUGGUUUGUCGGUGGUGCAACCAGCCCCAAAGACUUAGCUGUUCUCGUCGAUGCCGCAAGUUUUUCCUCCAGGAAACUUCGAAGUUUGACGAUAGCUACUGUUAGAAGUAUCUUGGACACUCUCUCCUCCAAUGAUUACGUCAAUGUCUACAGAUACGGAACGAGUGUUGAAGAAAUUGUGAGGUGUUUCAAGGACACACUAGUUCAAGGAUCCCAGGAGAAUAUUAAAGAGUUGAGAGCGGCACUACCUACGUUGCAACCCGAGUCCAACACUAAUGUCUCGGCGGCCCUGGCCGUGGCUUUCGAGGUUCUGCAUAGGUACAACAGAUCAGGACUCGGAAGCCAGUGCAAUCAAGCAAUCAUGCUAAUCACCACCAACACCGAAGCUACUACUGCUGAUCUUAUUAAGAAAUACAACUGGCCUCAUAUGCCCGUCAGGAUUUUUACUUAUCUGGUGGGAGGAGACAAGAGCCCAGAACUCAAAGAGAUGGCAUGCGGCAAUAAAGGUUUUUACGCCAGGAUCUCUUCAAUGGAAGAUGUCAAAAACAAAGUUUUCGAGUACAUAAAAGUACUCGCCAGGCCUAUGGUGCUGUACCAACAUGAUCACCCCAUUCAUUGGACACCUGCUUACGUGGGUGGGGAGACGGGCAGAUAUGGACAAGAGGGACACCCGCAAAUCAUGACUUCAGUCACAGCGCCCAUUCUGGAUCGUCGUAAUCAUACGGCAAAGACCGCUAAUCUGCUGGGAAUCGUUGGAACUGAUGUACCAAUUGAAGAAAUUCAGAAGCUGGUCCCACCAUACAAGCUGGGUGUCAAUGGUUACUCUUUUAUCGUUGACAACAAUGGCCGGGUACUGUAUCAUCCCGAUUUGCGCCCUUUGCCAACUGGUCUUUCUUAUGAGAACUCUUUGAAGCCUCGUUACACCAGUGUUGACCUCACUGAAGUGGAGCUAUCAGAGGACGAUGGCCCCAUUCACUCGCUGAAUAAUUCUGGGCUUCCGGAUUUGAGACGAGAUAUGAUUGACCAAAAAGAAGGCGAAACGAAUUUCGCCGUGAAAAUCCAUUACGAUGAUAUGAGAAGAGUAACCAUUAGAAAACAUAACUAUUUUUACAAACCAAUUGCGGGGACUCCGUUCUCUCUGGGAUUGGCACUGCCUGAGGGCUAUGGCAUGUCAGAAGUCAACGCCGAACUGGAAAUCAAACAUGCGAUUGUCAAUGUGUUCGAUUAUUUCAAUGGUACUAAUUGGAAAGUACACCCGGACUGGGUUUACUGUGAGUACAGUUCGGCGUCAGAUAAAAAAUUCAAAUCCUCUGAGGAACGUAUACUCCAUUUCCUAGCGAGAACAAGAAUGCCUGGAUGGAAAUGGAUGUCAAUGAGACCAAAGAGUCCUAGCUCGCAUCAUAAUCAAGCGAGCAAGCCCGACAAAGACGCACAUUACUGUGAUAAAAGACUAGUUCAAUCUCUCGUACUGGACGCAGUUGUAACUGGUGGAUUUAAUAAGAGGGACAGUAAUGCAAUGCAUAAGGAGGAUAACCAGAACCCCAUUGCCAUACUGAUGGCUCUUCUGCACAGCCAAGGAAAGGGGAGAUUCGACAUUGUCCGCAGUUUCAUAGCAACGAGAAGUGGUCUCUUGCGAUGGCACGAUCACCAAGAGAAUAAGGAGUCUGAUGAUGAACCACAUUUCGCUGAAAUGAACAAAAGAGCUAUGGACACUUCUUGGUACAAAAGAGCUGCUGAGCAACACGCCAUUGAACCAAUGAGUUUCGUCUUUAGUGUGCCAUCCAAUGCAGCUGAGCUUUCGGAGCCACUGGUAACAGCAACGCAUGCGGUUUAUGUCGAGAUGAGAAACGGGCACAAAGCACCAGCGGCUGUGGUCGGCCUUCAAUUCCAGCAUUCGUCUCUGGCGACGCAUUUCAUGAAUAUUACUUCCACGUGUUCAAAUUGUAAGAAGAAUUGCGCCUCUGAAGAGCUUGAUUGCUAUAUUUUGGAUAAUAGUGGAUUCAUUAUAAUAAGUGAACGCCAUGAACACACAGGCAAAUUCUUUGGAGAGAUUGACGGGACCAUCAUGGAUUCACUUGUACAAGAUAAAAUUUACCGCAAAGUCACUGUGGUGGAUUAUCAAGGCGUCUGCUCACCCCAAGAGGCCUAUUUAUCAGCAGCACCUAGAAGUUUCUCACAAUCGAUCCUCAAAACGAUAAGCACCGGCCUUGGGUUACUUUGGACCUCGUUCCUUAGGCUGGACCUAUACGCACCAAUAACUCCUACAUUUGGAUGGUCUGGAGAUGAACAACGUGAUUUACACAAAUCGAUUAUGUCUCCUGCAGAUGAUGCCGAGAUCAGAGACGAGGAGGAAACUCUCGACGAGAUUUAUCCUCCGAAACUGUCAGAAGAUCGUCCCUCCGCAGAGAGCGGUAAGAUCCUGCAGAAUCCAGCAUCUGCGCCUACUGCAUCCCCAGCUCACAGCACGUCACCUCCAUAUGUGCUCAACAAACUGCGCACGUGUGAGAAGAAAACUGAUUUAUACAUUCUCCAGCCUGAAAGGCUCAACACCAGUGGCCAGAGUAAUCCCUUAAAGGGCAAACUGACUAAUUGUCAUGUCACAGGUUGUGAGAGACCUUUUAGCGUCCAAAAAAUCGUUCACACGAAUCUCAUCCUUCUGGUCGUGGAUACUCUUUGUCCUUGCGGCAGCAAACAAUUGAGUAUCGAACCCAUCGAGGCACUAACCGAUUCAAACGCCUGCACAGCAAGAAGAGAAAGCCUCUACCGCAGACGACCCCCAAAAUGCCUCAAUUACCAUCCUGAAGAGAUGGAGAUCAAAUACUGCGGUAUUGCCAGCAGACUCGACAUAACCUACACUCUUAUUAUUCCUGUUAUUUUUAUCUGUUUCACGUGACUUAUUGCUUAAGAAUUACGGUUACAACGAUGCAGAAUAAUUGAAAUAUUUUUAUUUAUUUCCAUUUUAAUACGAUGAAAAUGAAAAUGAAAAUGAGUCUAAUGGAAGAAGCAAAUAAAAUUUGUAACGUUGAGUUAUUGACGAAUGCCCGGAGUGACUCUGAAUUUCCAGUGAAAUUAUGGGAAUUGAACUGUUGAUUUCAAGGAAGGAAGGAAGGAAGGAAGGAAAAGGGCAAAAAUUAUUUGAUGACUAUCAAAUUGGUGACAAAAGGGGAAUUUUUUUCUAUUCAAAGAGGAUAAUUAUAAUAUCGGGAUUGAUUCGCCGUCCGUUGAGUACGACGCAUUACCCUCUUGAUCCGUUCGCGGUAAAGAAGAUGAAUGAUAAAUAAAUAAAAUAAGUAACUAAAUAAAUGCAUAAAACGGCUCAAACAAUGUUUAGACAAUACCGUUCGGCUGCAAGAUAUUUUGCUUGCUCAAUAGUCGACAAAACAAAUGUUUUUUAUUCUUGUUUUUGGGUUUUAUGAGGUUUAAUAAUAUUUAAUGAAUAGUACAAUUUUUUAUAGUUUUUAUUUAUGGAGAAUGGAGAGGGCGAUUAAUUCGAUGAAAUUGAGGUAGUUAUGCAAUAACAGGGGCAUACGCAAUAUCCUUUUUAGGAGCUGACGGAACUAAUGCCAAUAUGACAUUAUAUUAUACGGGCAUCACUAUGUCUGAAAUAUACUGAACUUUGAAGAUACUUUUCGGUGAUUUUUUAUUUAAGAAUUGAGCUUUAAAAUUUUUCGCAAUUACUAUUCACUUUUACACUACCGUGCAGUCUAUAUGAACUAUUAGUGUGAAUUUGCAAAUAAAAACAUCAGAAUAGUAAUGGGAAAUCAACGAUUUUAUGUAUUUAAUGACUGUAAGUUUGUCAUUUGUCACAGCCGUUAAUGACUGAAAUCUUUACGAUAAUAAAUUGUCCAUUUAUUAUUUCCACUAUGAAAUUAAUUUCUACAUUUAUAGUACGUCGCUCAUUGAAGGGUUCAGUUUUUUUCCAUGUUUUUGGACUGUACGUGUACAUUAUGUCGAAUCAUCACUUUUAGGGACUGCUAGGUCAUGUAAAAUCAAAUGGUAACUGUGAUAUAUUGUACAUUACGUUGAUGGAAAAAUAAUCGUGAUAAUUUAAUCCAAGUUCAAGAUAUGCAUCGAAAAGGAAUUUCAAACACUUGAGCCAGAUUUUUUAAUGUGAGCAAAUCAAUGUCAAAUUAGCGGACCAAAGUAGUCGAUGCUGAGGAUUUUUGCCUUAAGGGUUUUUUUAAAAAGGUGAAUUCAUCAAAUAUUUUAAAAAAUAAAGGGCUCGUUUUUUCUUUAAAUUUUGACACAACUUCUAUAGAAAGCUCCAAUAAACAUUAAAAAAACCACAGAAACGAACACAAAAGCGUCGGAAAUGUAAAUUGUCUUUCAUUUAACUAAAUAUCAACCUCGAAUGAAGAAACGAGGAAUGAGAAAAGCCAUUUUUAUGUGAACUAUUCACCAAAAAUUGAAUUGGCGUAUAUUCAUCUUCAGUUCGCAGCAGACAAUUAUUUUAUUAAUAUCUUUAAUUUGGCCCGACAGUUGAUGAAAGAAAUGUGAAAGGUCAGCCCUAUACUCCUGUAAUAGUCCUACAUCGGACUAACUGCCGCCAGCUUUAACCGGUUGCUGAUGAAACUUGGCGGAAUCCACAGAAAAUAAUGGAUUAUGUCAUAGUAAUAGUAAUAAUAAUUGAUCAUUUGACAGUCGAUGAUGACAUCAACUCUAGCGGCCGCGGUAGCGCUAGUAAGAACCAAAACUUCACGUCCCAUGGGACAAGUUGUUAGUACCAUAUAAAUAUACAAUCCUUGACAAAAAAAAAGUUUCCUCGAUACCUCGACUCUUUCGAAUUUUCCUUUAACUCAAAUUUCCCCACGACUCAAAGGCACAAUUAUUUUUUCUUGACAGCGAUCAUAUAGACAUUCGAGCGCUGAAUAGGACGGCCUAAAACCAUAUCGAACACAAAAAUUUACUGACACUUUCACUAGUUACAAAUUUUUAUUCGGUUAAUUGUGGGCAUUAAUUGUAGUAUAGAGUAAUGAAUGAAAUCGUAGUAAGGAAAUGAUUGGGAAAACCAUAUCAUGUAAGAUCUUAUCAAGUAAUACCGAUUUGUUCUCACACCUUUCUUGCUCUACUAUUUUAUUAUUCAUUUAAAUUUUGGCACUACCGCGAACGACCCAAUUGUCAGGCGAGUAAGGAUUAAGCACACAUUAAUUUCACGUGAAGUCUAUUUUUUUUUAUUAAAAAGGAAGUCUCAUAGUUUACAGGUCAUCUGCGAUAUUUUUCGUACAGAAUGACAUUCAGGUUUUAUUCACAUGUUGGAGAAUUCCUAAAUAAUUGAGAAAAGGGAAAAAGGAGUUCCCAAUCGUAGAAUACUAUCGUACUCAUGUUUCCGGUAGUCGGGAACCGAGUUUCCGGGUGUGAUAAACUAGACGGGACUAAUAAAAAAAAAUUCACAAUAGCAACGGUUAUAAGCUGAUGAAGAAUGAUCAAAUGGAAGAUGUAGAUGAGUAGAUGAGGAAACACAUUUUUGGCGAAACUUAUUUUUUCAAUUACAUUCUCACUUCAUUAAUAUUAUUGGCCUUCGAAUGGGAUUUAGAUUCAAAAUUGCACCAUCGUUUUACAAGCAUUUGCAGUUUGAAUUUUCAGGGAUUGGAUUUAUCUAGGAUUACCAAGCUUGGUUGGACUAUGAUAUUUCCAUGAGAUCAAGGUUGCUUUAAACUAGGAAUUCCUAAGCUUGAAAUUACCUACAAAUGGACUAUUAGACUAAGCUUAGUUGAAGUCACGGAGGUCAAGCUCGCAAUACCAAACCUUGGAACUACCUUGUUAUAGAAGCUUGCAAUGACAUUGUGUCGCCAAGGUUGUUUGAACCACGGCGAUUCCCUAGAAUCAAAGUCAGUUCAAGCUAGGAAUUACCUAGACAUGAUGUGUUGGUUAAAGCCGAGAAAUUCAAGCUCGUAACACCAAACCUGGACCAUGAUUGGAACAACCUUGCUAUACAAGCUUGCAAUGGCAUUGUAUCACCAAGAUUGGUUGAGCCAUGGCAAUUCUCUAAGAUGAAGCUUGAUUCAAGCUAGGAAUUCCACUGUUCGGUACCCUAGGUUCAUCCAAGCUUGUGCCCAUCGUUCAAGAUUGGAUAUCCUCUGCCUAAAGGUAGUCCUUAUAAAUCCUUUCCUGCGAGAUGGGGAGAAAGGGAGAGGGAUCGGUAAUUUCCACGUUUGAAUUAUUAUAUUCUAUACUGAUCAUCAUCUCUUGAGUAAUAAAUAGAGGUGAAAUUCGACUUUGUGGGCGUGCUAAUUUGACAGGGAUCUGCUCAUAUUUCACAACUAGGAAAUGAAAAAAAUUCUGCGUGACGUUUGUUCUACAGGAGACAAUUGGAAAACUAUAAAAUGAGUUCUAUAACUUUUUACCGUCAGCCCGGUCAUUUAAAAUUUCUUGAAAACUGAGUUCAUGGAAAUCGAUGCAUUUUAUUACUGUACCAUAUAUUUAUGGACUUUGAAUGACAAAUGAAAUAUCGAAUCAUUAUAAUUGUAUGGACGAAAAUGAAUAUUGCGUAUAUUCUACCUCUGGAUUUUGAGAAGGAAUUCUGAAAGAAAAAACAUGUCAACCGAGAGAAUUCUCUUUUAACUUUAGUUAAUAGUAUGAAAAUAUAAAUACAUAUAAAUACGUACGCCGGCGUUUUUAUUUGCUGUUAAUUGUUGAUGUACUCAUGAUUUAGUAAGGAAAAUAAGAGGAGAAUAAUUGAAUUGAUUAAAUUAAAUGAUAAACAAAUAGAAAAGUGUUUAAAAUGACUUAUUUUAAAUUAAUACGUAAAUUGAAAAAACUUUAGGAUCAAUGGCAUUGUUUUGCGAUGAUUAAAAUCAAUAGUAGUGGCCGAGCCAUUUAUUAAAAAACCCCUGAGAGCAAAAUUCUUGCAAUUAUUUAAACUUGGAUCGAUGACAAUUGAUAUAUUGCUAUCGCAAGUUCCAAGGACGUCAGAUAUUUCUUAAUCUGAAAAAUGAUGAAAUAAAAAAAAUGGUUAUAUUGUUCAGAGAUGACCCGAAUGAUCGUAUUUAUAAUGUUACGAAAGAGAUAGUGUUGUUCUUAAUGUAUAAAAACAGAAAAAUUAAAUAUGUUUUUUCUUUUAUUUUUUCGUUUGAAUUAACAAUUAUUCUAUUGCAAGACCAUUUUUUACUGUGUCUUCCACGAAACGGCCUUUCUUAAAGUGGAUUUACGAAGAUACGUAUUGGAGAAAUGAAGAGAAAACCACAAAAUGGGGUAAAAAUUGUGGACAGAUUGAGAAAAUUUGAACUAAUGAAAAGCUAAUGAAAAGAUAACAAAACGUACAUGUUGAAUUUCAAAAAUACAUAUCGGCUAUCACAGAAAAACUUCCAGGUACGAAAGAGUGUAAAAACAGAAAUAAAAUGACGAAAUAAAACAUGUAAUUUCAUGAAACAAAGCUACUGUAUGUUCCGGGAAUCCCUACAUUCUCAAUAAUUAUAAGCGAAAACUGUAGGCGAUAAUAAUUAUACAAAUAUCGAUAUAAACUUGUAAUGAUGAAAAAGAGCAGAAAUUGAACAGAAUAAAUCAGGAGAAUAGAUGAGGACAUAAUGAAGGCACAUUUUCCUUGAGAUUUACCUUUUCGAUGAAUGAAAAAAAAUUUUAAAAAACAAAAAACAAAGAACAGUCAAACUGUUACAAUUAAAAUGUAAUAAAAGUCACUGUGUAUUUUCGUGACGUAACAAACUCACAAAAAAAUUAUUAAAAAAUACAGUUGAUACAUCUACAAUAAUUCAUCAGUUUUCAUUAUCUCCAUUGUAACAAAUAUAUGCCGUCACGGCGAUGAAACAUAAAAAAAAUGCAUUUAAACAAAAAUAAAUAUAAAAAAAAGACAUAACAAAUGCGCAAGUCACAUUGAUGUGUAUUUUAGAAUUUAAAUAAAAUACAGAAGAAAAAAAAACGAUAAUUCGUGCUAACGAGAAGAUAAAUAUUAUUCAUAUAUCUGGUUUUUCCGUAUGGAAUAAUAUUUCCAUGCGGCGAAGAGAGAUUCGGAGGACAAUAAGAAACAUCAAACUGUAUUCUUUGUCAUUUUGUGCAAACAAUCGCUGAGGAACAAGUGGUAAAAGGAACUAAAGAAAUACUAUUAAAGAACUAUUAUUAUAAUAAUACUAUGGCUUUUUUGUGAUUGUUAUCUUUUACAGACUACCUGAGAUGCAUAAGAGUAUUUUGCAUAAUAACGAAAAAUCCAAAAAAACUCACAAAAAAAUAAAUGACUAAAUAAAUAAAUAAAUAAUAAUAACUAUAAUGACAAAUUCUUAAGGAACUAAUGGAACUCAAUAAUUGUAUACUAACAUUGCGGCAUUUGUAUGAAUGCGUUUAAAAACCUGGGCCAAAGUAAGAAAAAAUGAAAAAAAAAAAGGAUGAAAAUGUAAAAAAAAGAAAAAUUAUGUUUUCCCAUGUAAUUUAUUCCGAGUUUGGCUGUUGUUAUCUUGAAUAUCGACUAAAAUGUUGUAUAGAAUAAUUAAGAAUGGAUGAAUAAGCCGAGACUACAAUGAACAGUUUAUAAAGUGAGGUGAUUUAUUAAAAUCCAUUGAAAUUAUUCCUCGUUAGGAAAAAAAAACAAACCGAAAUACAUCGUGCUUAUAUUGUUGUAUCAAUCAUUAUAUUUCUGUAUACAUUGUACUACGGGCCGUUGAUACUCUGAGAGAGAUGAAUAAUUAAUUGUUUUGGUGGGUAUGCAUAAGAUUAUGCUUCGAAUAACCCAGUAUUCAGUAUUUUCUACGUGAUGCCAGCAUUAUCCUGAUCACAGUAAAAACCAAAGUCUGAAUUGCACAGGUCUUCUCCAGACACUUUAAUAAAAUUAACAUUGGUCUCAACUUCAGACCAAGAUGCCAGUUCGGAGAUAACAAUUUUCCAUUCUAUUUAGACCUUUUUUAGGGCCUGAAUAAUGUCACUCAGACAUUUUGUUUUAUUAUGAUGACGACUUUUGCAUCCGGCACAGACAAAAAUUCGAUGGAUACGAUCGAUUUAUCUAGUGUAAAGAUGCACAUCACUAGAGUGAUUGUCAGUUGAGGGAUUGACACAGAAUACGUUGUGAACAUUCUUAAAUAUGAUUUCAGCAAAUCUAUUCACCCGGUCAACUUAAUUGUUGAAGUGAAGACAGUUAUUAUUAAUAUGUUCAAUCAAAUGGAAUAUCUGAAGACAGUUGUGACUCUUUAGUAAUUGUAGCAACUGGAGCGGUUUUCAAUAAAUAUAAGCAGGGAGCAUA